UCCGAUGGAGGGACAAAUCGAUCCAACAUUUGAAAUCAACGGAGUUCAAACGAAUUUAGAGGAAGACUCUUGCGUACAGCAGAGGAAGCUGAUGGAAUCCUCGAUCACUGAUGGACUUGAUUUGCUGAACAUUGAUGUGGAAGUGGACACGGUUCCGUCAUUCAGAGAAGACGCAUCUUGUUCUAAAAAUGUAUUGCGGAAGCAGCGGAACUGGGAAAGGAGACUGGAGGCAAAGAAAAGCAAGAGGAAGGAGGAAAAACAAAGGAGAAAGCUGAACCGGUCAGAGAGAGGUGAUUUAGGUCCAUCAGAGCCUGAGUUCAGUAAACGUGUUGUCAAGGCGAUCACCCGGGAGCGUUUAGAGGAGGCCAGAGCAGUGGGACCCAGGCUGUGUGUGGACAUGAGCAUGACCGACUGCAUGUCACCCAAGGAGAUCAGUCGUCUGGCAGGCCAGAUUAGGAGACUCUACGGUUCAAACAGAAAAGCUCCCCAACCUUUUCACCUCUUCCUCACAAACAUGACAGAGGACAGCCUGGUGUAUAAGGAAUGCCUGCGGAUGAAUGACGGAUUUCUUCAUUACUUGAUUGACGUGACUGAAAAGAGUUGGUUGGAGCUGUUCACUUUAGAUGAUGUGAUCUAUUUAACGCCGGAUGCGAAUGAAGCUUUAGAACAAGUUGAAGGAGAUACCGUCUACAUUCUCGGAGGUCUCGUGGAUGAAAGCAUACAGAAGAAACUGAGCUACACCAGAGCCAAAGAACUGGGCGUACGCAUGGCGAGACUGCCUAUCGACGAGUACAUGGUGAAGAAAUCCAAUCCCAAAAACUUUCACUCCAAGAUCUUAGCUAUUAACCAAGUGUUUGAUAUCUUGCUGAUGUUCCGUGAGACAGGCAGUUGGACACAGGCUCUCAGUGCGAAUAUCCCACCUGGUAAAGGCUACAUGGUGGGCUUGAAUGCUCCUCUUUGAGGUCAACCGAUGACAAUCCAUCAUCUGAUGUCAAUUCCAUGUUUUGUUUUGGUUUUUUUGUAUCUAUUACUUUAUCUUACUCCUUUCCUGGAUAACACUGAAUUGAAUGCCAGAAGUGUAAAUGGACAUGUUUUGGGGACAGUUGGUGAUGUCACAAACUGUAACUGUAU